CACAGUCAAAUCGUCUUGACUGUGCGUUGAGUAGCUGAGACCUGUCUUAUCUUCACCUCAUAAUGCGCAGGCGUGAUCCUAUCUGAGCCCCGCAACAAAAAAAGAAGAAGCUUUUAGACGUCGUGUGCGCUGCUCUCCUUGAAACGGACUCGUAAAUUUUGAGAGAUUUAUUUUGAACGCGCAAGAAAAAAAAAAAGAAAGAGAAAUGAAGGAGGGUUUGGACGGUGAUUUCUCUAAACAGCAUAUUUCAACCUGUGGAUAGUGUGUGUGUCUCUCUCUCUCUCUGUGUGUGUGUGUGUGUGUGUGUAUGUAUGUGUGUGUGUGUGUGUGAAGCGCGUCUGUGGUCACCAGUUACAGGCGAUCCGGGACGCUCUGCCUCGAGCCUGCUGUGCUGCUCGUGCGCUUCUUUCCCCCCCCCCCCCCCCAUCGUUUGCUCCGGGAAUCCGGUGUGUUUCGUUUGACCCCAAGCUGUGAGCAGGUAUUCAGUUUAUGAAUGGCACUGACAUGGAGGAAGUACCGUUUCAGAAAGUCAAAACCAGGCGGAAGAGAAGUCACUGCCCAAAGGCUGUCCCUCUGACCACCAUCGUGUGCGAGGACGAGUUCGACUGCAAGGAGCUCGAGUCUCUCUUCCAGAACUACAACCUGAAGCUGGAGCAGACCUCCACUUUGAAAGCCCUGGCCGUGCUCAUCGUCAUGUCCUCCACACUGGCCGUGGUGGAGUUGCUGUCCGUCCCCAGCCUCACCAUCUCUAAGGGGUCCCAUCCGGUGCACUGUGUGAUCUUCGUGUCUCUCUUCAUCGUAACUAACGUCAAGUACCUGCAGGUGACUCAGCUCCAGCAGAUUGUCAACCUGACGCUGCUCUUCGGCUUCACCUUUUCCUUCCUGUGCUGCCCUUUCUCCCUGGGCGCGAUGGGGGUGGACCCGCCAACGUCCCCGGAGCAGGGCAUGUGGCAGCUCAUCCUGGUCACCUUCGUCGCCUAUGCGCUCCUACCGGUGCGGACUCUGCUGGCGGUGGUGCUGGGAAUAAUGGUGUCCAUCUCGCAUCUGAUUGUGACCGCCACCUCUGUCACGAUGAAGACACAGAAACUAUGGAGAACGUUGGUUGCGAACACAGUCCUUUUCACCAGUGUCAACCUGUCAGGCCUGUUUGUGCGCAUCCUUACAGAACGAGCCCAGAGGAAGGCCUUCCUGCAGGCGCGCAACUGCAUCGAAGAGAGACUGCGCAUGGAGGACGAGAACGAGAAACAGGAGCGCCUGCUAAUGAGUCUGUUGCCCAGGAACGUAGCUAUGGAGAUGAAAGAGGAUUUCCUGAAGCCCCCAGAAAGGAUCUUUCACAAAAUCUACAUCCAGCGCCACGACAAUGUCAGCAUCCUGUUUGCAGAUAUAGUGGGUUUCACCAGCCUGGCCUCGCAGUGCACAGCACAGGAACUGGUUAAACUGCUGAAUGAGCUGUUUGGAAAGUUUGAUGAGCUUGCCACGGAGAACCACUGUCGCAGGAUUAAGAUCCUGGGCGAUUGUUACUACUGUGUGUCCGGCCUGACCCAACCCAAGACUGACCACGCCCACUGCUGUGUCGAGAUGGGUCUGGACAUGAUUGACACCAUAACGUCAGUAGCCGAGGCCACAGAAGUCAACCUGAAUAUGCGUGUGGGCUUGCACACAGGUCGGGUGCUGUGUGGAGUGCUGGGCCUCAGGAAAUGGCAGUAUGAUGUGUGGUCCAAUGAUGUGACCUUAGCCAAUGUGAUGGAGGCUGGAGGACUUCCAGGGAAAGUCCACAUCACCAGAUCUACGCUGGAGUGCCUAAACGGAGAUUAUGAGGUGGAACCUGGAAAUGGACAUGAAAGGAACGCCUUCCUCCAAAAACAUGAAAUUGAAACCUUCUUUAUAGUGCCAUCUCACCGAAGGAAGAUAUUCCCAGGAUUGAUUCUUUCGGAUAUAAAGCCCGCCAAAAAGAUGAAGUUCAAAACUGUGUGCUACUUACUAGUGCAGCUUAUGCACUGCAGGAAGAUGUUCAAGGCUGAGAUUCCCUUCUCCAAUGUCAUGAACUGCGAGGACGGUGAUAAGCGGAGAGCGAUGCGAACAGCUCCACAGAAGCUGAGGAACCGUACCAACACAAACCAGGCUAACUUGAUCCAGAGCAGCCCGAGAACCCGGGUCAACCGCUACAUCGGCCGGCUGAUCGAGGCCCGUCAGACCGAGUCGGACACGGCAGACCUCAACUUCCUCACACUCAUGUACAAGUGCUCUGAGCGCGAGCAGAGGUACCACCAGGUUCCUGAUGAGUACUUCACCAGUGCAGUGGUCCUCUCUCUAAUCCUAGCUGCCUUGUUUGGCCUUGUCUAUCUUCUCAUCAUACCACAGGGCACAGUGGUACUUGUUCUUCUCGUCUUCUGCAUCUGUUUCCUAGUAGCUUGUAUAAUGUACCUGCAUAUAACUAAAUUACAGUGUUUUCCAGGGUGCCUGACUAUUCAGAUCCGCACUGCUCUCUGCAUUCUCAUAGUGCUCUUAAUCUACGCUGUGGCCCAGGCCUGUGUGGUGGGCUGUAUGCCCUGGUUGUGGGGUAGUGCCAAUACCAACAGUUCCAUCAUCAUCAUCGAUGCGGACGGCGGCGCCAACCACACCAUGGCAGAGCUGCCUUGUGACGGUGCCCGAUACGCCUUUCUGUCUUGUGUGGUGGGAACACUUACCCUGGCACUUUUCCUGCGGGUCUCCUGGCUGCCAAAGAUGGCGCUAAUGCUGCUUCUGGGGGUGCUGUACAUCACCGUGCUGGAACUUAGUGGCUUUCGCAAGACAGCAGGUGGGGAGUCCUCCCACAUCUGGGGCUAUGAGCCCAUCCUGUCUCUGUUGCUCUUUGUCAGUGCCCUGGCCCUCCACUCCAGGCAACUUGACCUCAAACUACGCUUGGACUUCCUUUGGGCUGUGCAGGCCGAAGAGGAAAGAGACGGCAUGGAGAAAGUCAAGCUGGACAAUCGGAGGAUUCUCUUCAAUCUUCUGCCCGCACACGUGGCUCAACACUUCCUGUUGUCAAACCCCAGGAACAUGGUGAGCCUCGCUAAUAGACACGCAGACAGACAGACAGACAAACAGGAUCUCUACUAUCAAUCAUACGCACAGGUGGGUGUGCUGUUCGCCUCGAUCCCUAACUUCAAUGAUUUCUACAUCGAGCUGGAUGGUAACAACAUGGGAGUGGAGUGCCUCAGACUUCUGAAUGAGAUCAUCGCUGACUUUGAUGAGCUCAUGGAUAAGGAGUGCUACAAAGACAUAGAGAAAAUCAAAACCAUUGGAAGUACAUACAUGGCAGCAGUGGGCCUUGUCCCGACCAUUGGUACCAAGGCCAAAAAAUCAGUUUAUGACCAUUUGAGCACAAUAGCGGACUACGCCAUCGAGAUGUUUGAUGUUUUGGAUGAAAUCAACUACCAGUCGUACAAUGAGUUUGUUUUGAGAGUGGGUAUCAAUGUUGGUCCUGUGGUCGCAGGGGUGAUUGGGGCAAGGCGACCUCAGUAUGACAUCUGGGGGAACACAGUCAAUGUGGCCAGCAGGAUGGACAGUACUGGAGUACCAGGGAAGAUACAGGUGACUGAAGAGGUCUACCGCCUACUAAACACCAACUACGACCUGGUGUGCCGUGGCAAAGUGAGUGUCAAGGGUAAAGGUGAGAUGCUGACCUACUUCCUGGAGGGGAAGGUUCAGGGCGUGGGCACUGUAACCACUUCCUCAGUGGUGCGUUCCGCCAGCCUGGCGCGUCGGAUCCAUUCCUGUGGCAAGACUAGUGUCCCGACCAAACUGGGGAGCGUCUCCUCAUCCGCUAGCCUUGCUGCUUAUGCCAGCAUGGGCAGCAACAUGCAGAUUAACGCUGCCAACAGCAGCAACAGCCAAGCGACAUGCCUUCCUUCAUCCUGCGUGCCCGCAGUGGGUGAGGAGGACGAGGAAGAGGACAUAGAGGUUACAGGGAUUGAGAUUGGGGCUGUUGCAGAUGUGUCAGUGUAAAAAAAGGACAAGACCAAAAAAUUUUAAGGAAGAACGGAAAGAAAUCCCUGGUCUGAGGCCUAGAGGAGACAGGGCUGUCCCGGUUCUCCUUUAAAUCCUAGCCACUGGUACCAACCAGGACAUGCUCGUUCAGGAUGUGAAUAUCCUGAGAAAUAACAUGGUGAUGCAGACAAUCAUAGCAGCUCUAAGGAGUGUUGAACUGUGUGAGGGAAAAGGUGAGAAGAAGAAAGACACCCGGAAUCAAGAGUCAUCUUUUUAACAUCUUUUUUCCAGAUGAUGCAGUUUGUGGUGUUCCUGGGUUCCCCACAGAUCCAGGUUUACAGUAAUGUGCAUCUUUGUUUUAUAGUACAUGCUCCAUGUACAAGGGGGUUUGGGAAAUUAAUAUCCAGAAAAAGACUGAUCUUGCUAUUGCUUUUGCACUGUCUUUCUGAAUAUGCCAAGGAAACAUUGCAUUAUCUACAGAAGAAAUUGUGUUUUUAUUUUGUUGGUGUAUGUAAGCAUGCAUGUGUGUAUUUGUGAGUGGGUGUAAGCAUGUGUGGUCAAUUCUGAAUUGUAACGAAAACAGCACAAAGUCCUUUUUUUAAAUUCUUGGAGCUCAUUGGAUGAAACUGGCUUUUUAUGACAUAUUUACACUCAAUAGUGCAUGACUUUUGAAGAGUUGACAGCCAUAGUUACAGUACUCCUGUUGAAAUAAAACCAAAGUAUUGAGCUUUCAUUAGAUCUUUAGUGUUACAGCUUAUGUUGCCUCAUCACACAACACAGAGAGAGAGAGAGAGAGAGAGAGAGAAAAUGUUGCAGUAUUCUUGGACACAUUUUGUAUGUGGGACGUCUUCAAACAACUUUAAAAGUGACUUUUUAACAGAGAGAAAUGUACCUGAACUGCAAUUAUUCAUGAGGGUUUAAUUUAAUAUUGCAUUAAAGGCUGAUGAAUGGAGCAAAGGAAGGUGUUUAGUCCUCAAAGUAUUUCUAGUUGCAGUGCUGCUAUGAAAUAAAUGAAAGCCAAACUGGAUUAGUGACAAAGUAUGACUAACAUUGCAUAAAGGACUAAUACACCCUUAUGUAGGUGCAAACAUACAUGUGGAAAUCCAGGAACGCAUACAUCAACAGAGAGGAAAUCACAUACAGGCACAAACAAUAAGCACACAGCUUCUACAAAUGCACAACGUAGUCCUUUAGCCAAUGCCUUUCAAAUGCUCCAUGUACAUUGACACAUCUCUUGAGGCAACAGAAGCUUUGGUGCAUCAUCCAGCUAUACUGUCGUCUUGCAGACAUUUAUCACUAUACUCCAGCUUCUUUGAUAAACUCAAGCUUCAUUUUGGGAAUUCCUCAUAAAAUGUAAGCUUUGGCACGUCUCUUUCCUCAAAUACAGUUUCAGAAAUGUGAGGCGCUUCAGAUAUCUUUAUAGCCUGUAUCUUUAGCAUCAUAGAACUUUCACUUUAUCUGCAAAAGUGUAAUUUCAUCAUGUUUCAAGUUUUUGCCUUACUAAAUAAGCUUACAGUGAUUGCAACCUGCCUUUUUAGAUAUAUACACUUUGAUAUGCAGAGCAUACCUUUUUGUAAAUAGCCAAAAACUGCAAACUAUGUUGUAUCUUGUACAGUGUAAAGUUGGUUUAUUUGAAUAUUUUGUAAUAAAGACAAUAUUGGUGUAUAAAAUAACAAA